CACUUUUUUUCGCAAAUUAAUUUCCUACCUUCAUUGUUCUUCCAAGUUCCAAUCUACCCCUAAGAUCUCUUCAUCAUGGCUGAUCAUCAACCCAAAGACUUAAAUUUGUCCGUAGAAGAGGGACGAGCAAAUAACAGAUUAAGUCAUCUUAAGAAUUCACACAUGACAACAAAAAGUAAGUUUAUCAUACCAAAUCAUCAUAGCGAAAAACUAGUGGGGAUAUUGCAUGACACAGGGUCCAAGGAUCUUGUAAUUAUAUGCCAUGGAAUCAAGUCUACAAAGGAACGCAUACCCAUGGUGAGCCUUGCCAAUGCAAUAGAAAGGAUCGGAAUUAGUACCUUCCGUUUCGACUUUGCUGGAAAUGGUGAAAGUGAGGGUUCUUUUCUAUAUGGAAACUACCGUAGAGAAGUUGAGGAUUUGCAUGCAGUUAUCCAACAUUUCCGGGGACUUGACCUUGUUAUAAGCACAAUUAUUGGUCAUAGUAAAGGAGGGAAUGUAGUGCUGCUGUAUGCUGCUAAAUACCACGGUGUUCAUAGAGUUGUUAAUAUUUCUGGUCGUUUUGAUCUGAAGAAAGGCAUUGAAGGUCGCCUGGGCAAGAAUUAUCUGGAGAGGAUGGCUAACACUGGAUUUAUUGACGUUUUUAGUAAAACUGGGAAAUUUCAGUACCGUGUAACUAAGGAGAGCUUAAUGGAUCGCCUUUCAACAGAUGUUCAAGCAGCAUGUUGUUUAAUACCCGAGAACUGCAGAGUUUUAAGUAUCCAUGGUUCAAUGGACCAAAUUGUAGCAGUUAAGGACGCCUUGGAAUUUCAUAAAGUCAUUGGCAAUCAUACGCUUCAUAUUAUAGAAGGGGCUGAUCACGAAUUUACUUCGCAUCAGAAUGAAUUGGUAAAAGUAGUCUUAGAUUUUCUUGGAGAUCAAAAUCGACUUAAUGAUGCAACGCAGUCGGCACCAUUUGAUGUACAAGGCCCUUUUAUCUGUUCAAAGCUUUGAUGGGUGUUUCAUUUCAAACGACAUUCAACGCGUUCUAAAAGCAAAUUGAGUUGUUCUUGUUAGUACAAUGAUACAUGAACAAGAGAACAAUCUCGUCAUGUGCAAAUCAACUAAUCAAGUCUACUAGUAUAAAGGUGGGUUUAACGCUCACCGUUACGUGUGCUGAAUAAAUUCAACUACUAUUCAUCUAUGUUAUAUAUUACAUAAUUCAAUAUCACAAAUUCUUAUGAAA